AUGGCCGAGGUGGGCACCAGCUCCAGCGGUGACGGGGAAGCGGCCGCCCCGGACAAACCGAAGGGAACGGUCAAGUUCAGCGAAGCCGACCUAGCCGCCAUCAAGCAAACUAGCGACACGCUGAAGCGAAAUCCAAAGAUCGACUUCAGCAAAGCGGAUCUGCUGAAGUUGCUCAGCUAUCUGGAGGGAGAACUGCAGGCACGCGACGUCGUUAUCGCGGUGCUGAAGACGGAAAAGAUAAAGCAACUGCUGACGGCACCGCGCUACAGCAAAUCGACCAACCUGAACGACCCACAUGCGGCACUGUUUCGCGAUCAGCUAGCGGCCAGCGGUAAUAUUGCCAGCCGGCAGUCCUCCAUCCAGGCGGCCCAGUCCGAGCACGAGAUGCGCCUGAUGAAUGACCAGCGAAGCGGUGUCCGUGAGCAGAUGGAUUCGCUGGCCACGCUCGUUAUGCAGCAGCGUCAGGCGCAGGCGAAAAUGAUCGAGGCGCUGAAGGACGCCGAAGAACGCCACAAGCGCGUGGUGCAGGAGCUGUACGAUGAGCGGCGCAAACACGAGCACACGACGGCUCAAGGUGACGACAUUACGUACGGGCUGGAGAUCGAACGGUCGCGCCUGAAGCAGGAGCUAGAUCACGAGCGCGAACAGCACAAGGUGGUCGAGAUCGAAUUGAAGAAGAUUCAGGAGCAGUUCGAAGCGGAAAAGAAUCGCCAGAAGCAGAUCGUACUGUUGCUGCUGGCGGAACGGAAGAAAAUUAUUAUCAAGUACAUCGAGGAACGCAAGCGGAGCGAAGACCUGGCGCAGAUACUGUCGGAGGAGAAGCAACGCGUCGACACGAUUGCCGAAGGGCUGGAGGAAGAGAGCAAAAAAUCACUCCGGAUGGAGGCAGAACUCGAGAAGCAGGCGCAACAGUUUAAGAUCGAACGCAAACUGCUUCACCAAAGUCUGGCGAAGGAGGAAAAACGAGUGAAAGAUCAGGAGGUAGAAAUAUUGCAACUGAAGGCGGAAAUUGAGUUGCUGCGAAAGCAGGGCGGAAUACGGCAUCCGCUAGUGGCGCCGCAACUACCGACGAAGCCCGGUGGCCUCGUACCGUCGCGUCCGUCGAUCGGUGGUGCCGGCAGUGGUGUUUCUCCGGCCAGUGUGUCCAGCAGUAUUCCCGGAAGCGGUGCAAUCGUGACCGGUGGUGGCGUGGGAGUGCUGCCGGGUGUCCUCCCGGGGCAGAUGAUUAGUAGCAUGGCGACGAAGGUGGUCCAACCGACCGCAACCGUAUCGAGCGUUCCCGUGUCUGCACCAACCACCGGCAUUGCAAGAUCCGUUUCUCCCGGGCAACUCAUUCGUCAGACGGCCAUUUCGCAACUGUCGGUCACUUCACCCAACACCGUGGGCCAAGUGACGGGCACCAGCCCUGGAGGCGUUCCGGGAGCCACGCCAUCGGACACGUAUGCCAGCACCACGCCAGCGGGAAAGAUGACCAGUGUGGGCGUUCGUAAAGCGGUGGGCGUUGCAGCUGUGACCGUCAUCGGAGCGCCCGGAGCCGCCGCGGCAGGAUCAUCAGCCGGAUCACCAACCGUCAUCGGGGGUUCGACGGCGACCAUCAAGAAGACAAUAAUUCCACCGGUCGGUGGGCGCGGGGUGCCACCACCGAUUCCACCCAACAAGCCCCAGAUACCGCCGAAGCUGUCGGGCACAUCGGCAGUUGCAGCUGUGGCCGCCGGUGCCAUCUCGUCCCGCAUACCGUUUCUCAGUCACGCUGGUGGUGGAAGCAACAGUAGCAGCGGCAGCAGCAGCAGCAGCGGAAGCAGCACUGGCAGUAUUGGGUCUCUGGGCAGCAACGGUGGCAGCAUUACGACGCCCGUCAGUCCGGUUGGCAGUAACAGCACCUUUGGCACGGCCGGCGUCGGCAGUAGUGCUAGUAGUGCCAGCAGCGUAGUGAACAGCAACGCUCCUAUUGCCAAUAGCGUGCCACUGUCGGCCGGUUUCGCCAGCAACACAAUCUCACAGAGCACCGCUAACAAUGCUAUGUCCGCAAGCGCCAAUGCGAACGCCUUACCGCAGCAACAUCACCAUCAUCCUCAUCCAGCUCCACCUCCGACACUUCAUUCACAUUAUCUUCAUCAUGUUCCGCACGGUUCCGCGGCGGUCACGGCACAGCACCAAGCCUCCGUCAAUAAUGUUAUCGCCUCUCCUACAGUUGUCAGUGGUGCUGUCCCAGCAACAGCAGCAAUCGCAGCAGCCUCAGUCGCACCAACAACCGCAUCAGCCAUCACUGCACAACAACAAAGUCUUACGUCGCCAGCAGGCUCAUCUCCAUCCGUUCCAUCAACCGCCGGGGGGCCAUCAGAAAUACUGACAAACAUCGGCUGCGAAGGUGGGAUCGUGUAAAAACUUUCGCUACUAAAGUUACCCGUAUCCAACGCAGCCCCUCAGAAUGCUUACACGUUAACUGAACACGUUCAUCGACAAAUCAAUGUGGCGAACGCUAAGCUUGGUCCUAGUAGCCCUAGGACUAGCAAGAUGCUCACUGGCAAGAAGUGGCUUACUCAUGGUGCUUUAGACGUCUCCCGAGAAUAGCGUUACGUGAGCUUUUUCGUUUUGAUUUCGACGCGUAUGCGUAUACACGCAGUUAUUUUUGUUUAAGCAUUAAGUUCGAAAAACGUACUUCAUUGGAUUCUUAUCACAUUCGCUAGUCAUAGAUAGAUCGAACAAAGUAACACCUUCAUCACACAUCACUUGCAGACAGUACUCAUAAAAAACGUAGGACAAUUUCCCCUGGCGAGUACUUAUCGAUUGGUUUCGUUGAAAAAAUACGGUUCAGGCGUUAGUAUGAGACUUCGCUCAUAUGACUGGUACGAGAGCGAGCACUUCAUUUUACCGAUUUUUUUGUGGCAAUAGAAAAUCAACUGUGCAACUAACUCAUACAUCACUUAGUUUCACUUGUACCGUUGAAGUUAUACUAAUUUAGUUUAAAUAGUUUUACAUCGCGGCAUAGUAGGCGUUCAUUUUCCACUGCAAUGCUUUUCAAUGGCAACUAAUACUUUGUUGAAUCAGUGAUACCCUUUUUUGGUGUAACAGCUAAUGAUUUUGGUGCUUUGUAAAAAUAGUUUACCCAGUGUACUUGGAUCUCCGUUGUGAUUGAAGCAUCCAACAUCUUCCACCAUCACAAUGCCUGCAUUGCCCCCUCAUAGUUCGUACUUGAAUCGCACCAGGCAUUAACCCCAACAGCAUCUUCGAAACGGUCACAUGUUGUGUAACAAUGAACAGUGUAACAAUGCCUGCCUGCUGCAAUCUUAGAAGCAAUUCGCAAUUCGCGAUCAUUGUAACCACACAGCAUACACAUUUAGAGACUUACUCGAAGACCCGUGCCGUGCAAUAGGAUUUGAAGGCAGAAAGAGCUGCUACUAAACAUGUAUAACAAUAUAUAUAUAUAUCAAACAAAUGAAACCCAGCUUCUUGUGGCGCAUCCUUUGACUGCCUAAAGUUUCUCAUUUGGGUUGCCAGCGUAGUGCCAGUCGUUCAGAGAAUAUGCAUGCAUUCGUAAACCUCUAGCCCGUUAGUAGUUUCCUUAAAGAAAAAUACUGAAAGCAAUACUAAGCGUUAUACUAAGAGGCAUGAUGUAAAUGCAGACAAAUCAUUCGGAAUCCUUCGGGCGCUGCCCGCUAAAGAAUGCAGGGACCGAUCCAGGCGAUAGGCUUUGGUCGGAAACCGCGCGCUAUAACAGUAGUAGUAGGUUGUGGAACCAAUAGUCUAUUAUAUGCCCCCAUGGUAACGGAGGAUGGCUUCACUUCAACGCUCGCGGUGCUUGCUAUUUGAUGUAUACAGUAGAGCUGCGUACGGUGCGAUUCCGAGUAGUCUCUUCGAUGAGGUACCAGUCAUUUCUAUCAGUUUUGUUUUCCUACGGGUAAGGUCCCAAUAUGGGAAGUGGUCCGAUUAGAUGCAGGAGGGCAGCUUACAGAUUGUGUCUUACGUCUUACAGUAUCGUUUUGCCUUUGACGCGCACUGGUCAGGGAUUGAGGGCAACACAAUAACAUGAAGUGCGAAGAGAACGUUUUCUGUCGGUAGAGCUAUCUGUAUUGUUUGAAUCGCUGAUUACUGUAAGAAAUUAACCAAUAGUAAUAGUAAUGAUAACGCUAGUAAAUUUGCUGUGAUUCUCGGAUUUUGUACUCCUACCUUCUACGACUUUACUCUAUCCAAUGAAUUCUGUUCAGCAUUGGUGUACCCAGAGGCACUGAAUGCGCUGCACGGUGCUAAAAGAAUCGUCUGGUGUGCUCAAAUGAUUAGAGGAACGCAUUAUAACAAACAUCCAGUGAGAUUGAUACAAAAUGGAUUCUUCCGGAAGGCGAUCGUCAGUGAUCGCGACCCUUUCGUUGGUAGAAUAUUUUUCGAUGUAGCAUUUUUUUGCGGUAAGCCUGGUUACGCUUUUAAUGUGCAUAUUGCAUUAUGCAUUAGGUAAAUUAUGUUCAAAUGGUCUGCCGUUCUGGCUCAAGGACCGGUGGCGAGUUGUGUGGAAAAGAAACUGCUCCCAGGCAGCCAUCGCCGAACGCAUUGUUAGAGUGAAACAGUACUAACCCAAUAAUGAAUUAGAAUACACAGAAAAGUAAUACAUCACGUGGUUGUUGUAGAAUGAAAGUCGUACUCUAUGGACUGUUGACGUGCCAGGUGCCGAAAAUCUCGGAUGGGCUCACGGAUUAUUGCUACCAAAAGUGAUGUGAUACUUCCCAGCUAAGACUUACCGUAGGCUAAAAUAUUUACGUUAUCGUUUCGUAUGCUGUCUUUUAACAUUUUUCAGUUUGUUCUGGUGGCACUAACAUCACAUAUAAUCAGUGUUUUUUACAGCGACUACCCUGUGAUUCUGUGACGGCAGCGGGUACGGCCUUUUCUGUUUCGUCACCCAACUUAUAUUACACCUUCGGUCACUACACUGUCCAGAACAGUGCGAUGGUAUUAGCUAUACAAAGAUAGGACAAACCGUACAGGGUAACCAAUAGACCCAAAUCUACCCCCGUAUAACGAGAGUACCGAGCGCGAGUGGCACAACAUUUUGCAGGGCAACAUUUUGCAAAAACGUGUUACAAUAUUAAUCGCAACAAAAUAACCAAAACCAUGUAAUUAACUGUGUCUGUAAAUUGAUGCUACAACGUACGGUUAAACGAAAGGCAAUCUUAGUUGAAUACAACAA